UCCACCACCACCACCAACCGCCCAUGAUUUUGUUUUCAACAAAAUGCUGCAGUAAGACGUUAUCGACGCCAUCAUGGUUGCUGCCGGGAUCUCCAUAGCUCAAUCCUUCUAUCACUUAGCUUGUGAGAAGUGUGUGUGAGAGAUACGGCUGAGAGAUGAUACCAAUGUUUGAGCUGCUUUGCUUCCCCCCUUUCAUUUGCCUCUUCUCCUCGUCACCUAAAAUUUCAAACCCUAGUUCUGAUUGAGCCGGGAAAUGCAGUCAGAAGGGUUUUGUGUUAUUGCAGAUGGUAUUACGUUCAUAGGCUGGUUGUUCACCGUUUAGUUCGGCCAUGGUCAUGUUUUGAUGCAUAAAUCUGUGGAGAUUUCUAUUUUUGUCGAAACAAGGAGCCGUGAAGUUCUUUUCACAGGUUCGGCCUGUUUGUUUUGAAGUUUAUUUGAUCAAGGAAGCAAGAGAGAUCCUUUGAAUGAAGGGUCAUUGUAUCAAAUCCUUAAAGAUGUUGUUGAGCUGCGGUAUCGAGGAUUUCCAUGAUGAUGGUUUUGAGGGUUCAGUGGAUGAGGACCACAUAUUUAGAGAGGUGUUCUUUGGAUAUGAAAGUGGUAGGAGUAAAAGUUGUUUUGUAACUGGAUCAAUCACUUUUGAAAAUCACAAAAAGAUGCCUAAAAAUAUCUCAUUUUGUUCAGACAGUGACAAUUCAGUCAUGACAAGUCAGGAAGACUUUCAGAGUAGCAUCUCUGAAGAGUUUGCUUUAUUGAUGAGAAAUGGUCCCGAUGUUGAAGUUAAGCGAAGUAAGGUAUUGUCAUCCGGAGAACAUUCUAACACUAAAUAUUAUCUGGAAAAGGUAGUUCAGUGUUCAAAUGAUCAGAAGGUAUAUGAUGUAAGUAAAGCGAUUACAGUACCUGUUUCUGAGGAAAGUCAUGUCAAGAAGCUUUUAGUUACUAGGCCUAAACCAGUUCAAUGUUCCAAGCAAAGAUGGAAAGAUUCUUCCUUCAUUGAACUUGAUAAAGAUGAAUUGUCGGUUCCCCUUAAAGAUUCCACCGUGGAUCCUAAAUCCCAUUUGCGUUAUCACACGUAUUGCUUACUUAGAGCAGCAGGGUGGGUAAUUGGGAGGCGUAAUAGAAUCACACAUUGUAAAGGGCGUGGAGAGUAUGUCUUCAAAUCUCCUGAAGGAAGACCAAUUCGCCAAUUUCAUAGAGCUUGGGACAUGUGUGGGAAAAGGUUAGUUGAAGAUGCAAAAUAUAUUGAUUUCUGUGAUGGCACACAGUGGACAGAUUUGACCCAGUUUUGCUCUGAUCUUUCUAAUGCAUUGACAGAGGUCGAAGAACUGAGAAAUUCGAAAGCUGCAACUGCCUUAGCUCAUCGGUGGUACGUGCUUGAUCCCUUUGCGAAAGUGGUGUUCAUUGACAAGAGUCUGGCCUUUCUGAAAGAAGGUAAAGAAGUCAAAGCAGAGAGAACAGUGAUGAAUAGUUUAUAUUUGAAUUGUAAUGUUUUAGCCUCGAAAAAAGUAGUUACAACUGCAAAGCAGAACACCAAAAAAACUGGGAAAAAGAGUAGUAGCAUGGUUCCAUUUCCCUCUCCAACCUGUAAAUCCUAUAGAACUUCUUGUCAAACAAAUAACCUGUAUGGAGUUCCAAUUUCUUCUGCAACUGCAAAUACAUCAACUGGAGUGUCUGAAUCUAUCUAUCUGUGUCAAAAUGGCAUGGAACUUUGGUCAGAGUGUAUGGAGAAGGGUAAGAAUUGCUAUGAAACCCCACAAAUAAGGAUGGAGAAUUCAUCUUUUGCACUUGAUGCUAUCUUGAAAACGAAUGAACAUGGGAAAUCAGAGAAGAUACCCGAGAUCAAGUUGACCAAUUUGGUUGGACAGAAUCAGUUUGGUUUUGGUUUUUAUGCUCCUUAUGGGUCGCAUGAGAUCAGUGAGAGUAGUGUUCAAUUAAAAUUAGAUAAUGCAGAAAGUUAUGGAAGUUGUUUAAAGUCAUCACUUUGCUCUUCGAAGGACGGCCUUAAGAAAAACCCAUCAAGAUUCAAGACAUCAGCCCACGAUUCUGCACGUCCUAAGAGCUCGGUGAGAUGUGAAAAGUCCAAUAAGCAUCAAAAGAAGAAAAAAGGGAAUUGUCACCUUAAGGAUGAUGAUCUUUUACUCUCAGCUAUACUAAGUAACCGAUCUACAAUAAAACGGUCAGGUGUUAAAAAGAAUUCUCGUGUUCCUAAAGCUGUGAGGAAGUACAAGAGCCAAAAAGGCAGUUGCAGGUUGCUUCCACGCAGUUUUGCUAAGGGUGGACAGCAGCAGCAUCACGUGCAAGGGAAGUGGUCUGGCCUUGGUGUAAGAGCUGUAUUGACUUUGUUGAUAGAUCUUGGUGUUAUUCAUCUCAAUGAAGUAAUCCAAUACCGGAACCUGAAGGAUGAUUCAGUGGUGAAGGAUGGGCUUGUAACCCGAGAUGGUAUUCUAUGUCGGUGUUGUAAGAAGGUGCUUUCUGUCUCUGAGUUCAAGAAUCAUGCUGGUUUUGGCAUGAACAGUCCAUGUUUGAAUCUUUUUAUGGAGUCUGGAAAAUCAUUCACCUUAUGCCAACUGGAAGCUUGGUCAACUGAAUACAAGGUCAGGAAAAGUGCCAUACGAACUGUACACGAUGAAGAGAUUGACCAAAAUGAUGAUAGUUGUGGUCUUUGUGGCGAUGGAGGUGAGUUGAUAUGCUGCGAUAACUGUCCCUCAACCUUUCAUCAAGCAUGCUUGUCUACACAGGAGAUACCUGAAGGCAAUUGGUAUUGUUCAAUGUGCUGUUGCUGCAGUUGCGGGAAUGUAGUCAAUCAUAUUGAGACGACAUCGGUCUCUAAAGCGCUGAAAUGUUUGCAGUGCGAACGGAAAUAUCAUGAGGAAUGCAUCAAAGAGAACGGGAUUGAGAGAGAAUCGGCGGCUCCUUACUGGUUAUGUGGAGAAACCUGUAAGAAGAUUCAUUCAGGUCUUCAGUCCUGGAUUGGAUGUCUGAAUCCCAUCUCUGAUGGUUUCUCGUGGACCAUUCUGAGGUGUACUGGUGAACAACAGGUUCAUUCUGCUCAGAGUUUUGUUGCUCUGAAGGCGGAAUGCAAUCUAAAACUGGCUGUUGCUCUUACUAUCAUGGAGGAGUGUUUUCUUCCGAUGGUGGAUACAAGGACAGGCAUCCAUAUGAUACCACAUGUAUUGUACAAUUGGGGAUCAGAAUUCGUUCGUCUCAACUAUGAGGGAUUCUACACAGUGGUCCUGGAGAAAGAUGACAUUUUACUCUGUGCAGCAUCCAUAAGGAUCCAUGGGGCAACGGUUGCAGAGUUGCCUCUCAUUGCGACAUGCAGCAGAUAUAGGCGCCGAGGAAUGUGUCGGCGUCUCAUGAAUGCUAUUGAAGAGGUAACAGUUCUAUUUAGAGUACACGAGAAAUGGCCGUUUUGGCUCGAGUUUUCCAUUGAACUUAAAAGAUGUGAAUAUUUGCAUAAAACGUUGAAACCCCCAAAUGACCCAUCUACUCUGGGUUUGGCGUAACCUUAAGCGCCCAGUUGGCUUGUCAA